AUGCCUAAGCGCCGCAAAUCUUCCAUCAACCCGAUAAGUGGAGGGCGUUCAAGGAAGAAGGCGCCGAAAAGAAGCACCUCCUCGGAACACACGGUUCACAUACCAGAAGCCCCAGCUAGUCAUGAGGAUGCAAAGUGCAAUCAUGUCUCAUCCACACGAGCCGGACACCUAACUGAUGUUUCUGUGAGCCCUCACGACCAACUUACUGUGAACCCGCCAAAUCUCAUGGCUGGCCAGCUCGGAUCGGUCGUUCAAGUCCAGGGCACAGAUAUUUAUCUAGAGUUUAUAAAUGGGGAGCUCAGCACCAUCGAGCCUGCCGGCCUCAUUGUUCGACGCAAGAUAGCCCUCGCUCUGUACAGCUGGAUUUCUCCAUUUCUGAGCAUUGAGGGACGUGGUAUCGAUGACCUCUGCACGUUGGAACCAUUUCGGCUCCGCGGUGGACCGGCUCCGGUCUCACCUGAUCACAACGACUUUCAGAAGUACCAGCGGGUGAAUCAGAUGCUAAAACUUUACGGGAGGAAUCUGAUCAAGGCGCAGCCUAUGAGCGGGAAGAUGUCUCUCGGCCUGUUGCAGGUCAUGGCCCACGUUGGUCUUACUCGCAUCAUUCCAGAGGAGUUUCCGAAGCAAUGGGAAUUGUACCUGGACAACGGCGGCCGAAAGCGGAAAUAUUAG